AUGGACAAUAGCAACUGGACCAGUGUGUCCCAUUUUGUUCUCUUGGGCAUUUCCACCCAUCCAGAAGAGCGAAUCCCACUCUUCCUUGUUUUUUCACUCAUGUACGCAAUCAAUAUUUCUGGCAACUUGGCCAUCAUCACACUGAUUCUCUCUGCUCCACGCCUCCACAUCCCCAUGUACAUCUUCCUCAGUAACUUGGCCUUGACAGACAUCUGCUUCACCUCCACCACGGUCCCCAAGAUGCUCCAGAUUAUUUUCUCCCCUACAAAGGUAAUUUCCUACACAGGCUGUUUAGCCCAAACUUAUUUCUUCAUUUGCUUCGCCGUCAUGGAAAACUUCAUCCUGGCUGUGAUGGCCUAUGACAGGUACAUUGCCAUCUGCCACCCUUUCCACUACACUAUGAUCCUGACUAGAAUGCUGUGUGUGAAGAUGGUGGUCAUGUGCCAUGCUCUCUCACACCUUCAUGCCCUGCUGCAUACCUUUCUCAUGGGCCAACUAAUCUUCUGUGCAGAUAACAGAAUCCCCCACUUCUUCUGUGAUCUCUAUGCUCUGAUGAAGAUCUCCUGCACCAGCACCUACCUCAACACCCUUAUGAUUCACACAGAAGGUGCUGUUGUAAUCAGUGGAGCUCUGGCCUUCAUUACUGCCUCCUAUGCCUGCAUCAUCUUGGUGGUCCUCCGGAUCCCCUCAGCCAAGGGCAGGUGGAAAACCUUUUCUACCUGCGGCUCCCACCUCACUGUGGUGGCCAUAUUCUAUGGCACCCUCAGUUGGGUCUACUUCCGGCCCCUUUCCAGCUAUUCAGUGACCAAGGGUCGCAUUAUAACAGUCAUGUACACAGUGGUGACUCCCAUGCUGAACCCCUUCAUCUACAGCCUGAGGAAUGGGGAUGUCAAGGGAGGCUUCAUGAAAUGGAUGAGCAGAAUGCAGACUUUUUUCUUUAGAUAAAACCCCAAACACAGUUCAGAGGUUUACCUAUGAUUCUGGAGAAAUAAUGUUGUGCCUCACAGAUCUGCUUUCUUUAGAACUUUCCAGAAAUAUCUAAAUUAGCUAUACAUCAUGUGUUUUCUCAUUGGAUAUUGCCCAGAGAAAUCUAUUAAAUCCAAAGUACAUAAAACAAAAAGGA